AUGGCUGUUCACACAAGCAAGAAAUUGCUGCUGUGCUUUAGUCGAUUAAACGUCGUUGGUGCAGGUUUUCCAAAUGUAUCGAGCAGGCUCACAUACGCGACAGCUUUCCAAAUCAACAUGCCUGGAAAGAAAAAUUUUCCUGAGAGGGAUGGUAGCGGAACUUUCAACAAAAAACGUAGAACAGAGGCUGGACCACCCAGAACAGAAAAGAUGACAGAAGACCAGGAUUGGACUGUGGUCUAUCCGGCGGCGGCCCCCUUCAGAGCCGGCACUGUGCCCCUUCCUGUGAGAAUGGGCUAUCCCAUAAAAGGAGGAGCGCCCCCAGAAAAGCAGGGCAAUUUGGAGCUGAUUAAGAUUCCCAAUUUUCUUCACUUGACGCCAGCAGCCAUUAGGAAACACUGUGAAGCUCUCAAACCGUUCUGCAACGCUUGGCCGUCCGCACUGGACACGGACGCCAAGUGUGAGGAGCAUUUUCCUAUCCAGGUGGAGAGCAACGACUACUUGUCAGCGGGUCUAUCCAUACGAAACCCUGCAGCUCGCGUCGUUCAUCUCCGAGUGAAGUUGUCCAGUUUGAACCUGGAUGACCACGCCAGAAAGAAAAUGCUCAAACUUGUGGGAGAGAGAUACUGCAAAGACACAGAUGUCCUCACCAUCAGAACUGACAGCUGUCCGCUAAGACGACAGAAUUACGACUACGCCAUGUACCUGCUGACCGUCGUUUAUCACGAAUCCUGGAAAACUGAGGCAUGGGAGGCCGAUAAGACUGUAGCAGACAUGGAGGAGUAUUCAUGGGAGGACAGCCCGUCCCAGAAGAACAUCCUUGACACGUUGCUGCGACAGCCGGACGGCAGUGAGGAGGAACGCGAGCGUUUGCUGGGGAGAAGCGAAAUGCAAGCGUACAAGGACUCGGUCACGAGACUGAAGAACCAAGGAGACAGCGAGGGUGCAGUGCUGCAGUACAAAGAAGCUGUCAAGAAAGUGCUCAAGCUCUGA